GAGAGACAGUGGUCCGAUAGAGCAGACAGUCGGUGAACAAAUCCACACGGAAGUUUCGCCGCUCAAAAUACAUGGUUCCAAUGGAUGACGCAUUCACCAUAUAAUACCUCCCGAUCUUGGUUUUCUGGCGAAUUUUUUUCUCAUAUUGCUGUUGUACUCCAAUUGUAGCUUACCUUCCUUUUUCAUUCGAAGACAGGACUGUACACUGUACACUAUGCACGUAUCUAUUGUCAACACUCUGGCACUCGCCAGCCUCGCUUAUGCUCAUGGAAACCACCAGCAAUUGCCCAUGUCUGGACCGCAUAAGCAAUUGUGGUACAACACUCUUCCAGGUGACGGCGGAACACAGGCUGAUUCGGUUUUCUCUGGAAUUUCGACGUUCGGGCGACUUCCAUAUUUUCCUUGUCUAGCGAGCGAUGAGGAGACGUACGACAUUGCUUUCUUGGGAGCCCCAUUCGAUACCGGAACAUCCUACAGACCAGGCGCCAGAUUUGGCCCUAGCGGCAUCAGACAGGGUUCUCGUCGGCUGAAUCUUUACGGUGGUUACAACGUCCCAUUAGAUGCCAAUCCAUUCUCGGGUGAUAUCAAGGUUCUCGACUGCGGUGAUAUUCCUGUUACCUCGUAUGACAAUGAUUAUGCUAUUCAGCAAAUCGAAGACGGCCACAACAGCGUCAUGAUGCGUAAACCCUUUACCGAUGCCGAAAAACCGGGUCUUUCUCGCGCAGGGAAAACAUUGCCAAGAGUCAUCACACUGGGAGGAGAUCAUACCAUUACGUUGCCUUUAUUAAGAAGCAUUAAUCGAGCAUAUGGGCCAGUAUCGGUGAUUCAUUUUGACAGCCAUUUGGACACAUGGAAACCCAAGGUUUUUGGUGGCGCACCCUCCAAGACUGCCAGCAUCAACCAUGGAACAUAUUUCUACCAUGCUGCCAUGGAGGGCCUUCUGAGGAACGAUUCGAAUAUCCACGCUGGUAUCCGCACUACUCUCUCAGGGCCGUCGGAUUAUGACAAUGACGGAUAUGUUGGAUUUGAGAUUGUCGAAGCUAGGGAGGUUGAUACCAUAGGUACCGGCGGAAUAAUAAAAAGAAUCCGUGAUCGGGUCGGAACCGUCAACCCAGUUUAUCUGUCCAUUGACAUUGACACUCUGGAUCCAGCUUUCGCCCCCGCAACUGGUACUCCCGAAACAGGAGGCUGGUCUACGCGCGAACUUCGCACAAUCCUGCGUGGUCUCGACGGACUCAACUUCAUCGGUGCUGAUAUUGUUGAGGUUGCGCCCGCGUACGACACCAAUGCGGAACAUACAACUAUGGCUGCGGCAGAUGUUUUGUACGAAGUUCUUACGAUGAUGGUUAAAAAGGGCCCGUUAACGAUCGAUGCGUCUAAGUGAGAACAAUGUGCACAUAAAUUGGGACUUAUGAGAUUUUGAUGGUCAAUAAGGCUGGUGUACAUGUAUCUGGCGGCGGUGCUAGCUUUUGAUUACUUGACGGUAUUGCACAUAUAGUUUGAAGUAUAUGUGGAUAGGAUUAGCUAAAUACUAAAUGGUAUAUUAGAGUUUGGU